UUGUUGGCACAUGGGCGUUGACCAAAAAUUGAAAUUUGUUAUUUUAUUAAAACACUAAAUAUUCAAUGAAGAAAAUUAGUGAAAAAUACUCAACUUAUUUAAAAAAAAAUAUUCACAUUAAAAAUUGAAUGCUGCAAAAUUGGUAGCAGGUGUCAGUGAUCACCACCACAACAGGAAUAUUCGUGGACUUACAAAGGCAAUUCAUGGCUUCAGCGUGUAAAAGAAAAAGAGAAUCUCAAUGAAUCCCAAAGGGAUAACGCUAUGCGUCAUGUCCUUUAAACGGUGUAUCCUUGCGGCUGUGCUGCUCACGCUUUUGUGGAAUGCAAGCACAAUUGCUGCACAGCAAGAUAAUUACUACAAUACACAACAACAGCAGCAACAACAAACGUUCAACCAAAAUAAUCCACAAAAUGCGUUCCCCGGUUCACAGGGCUACGACGAUGCGAAUCAACGCUUCAAUAAUGAUCCCUACAACCCGAAUCUCAAUCAAAAUCCAAAUACACGCUACCGCACCGAUAACAUCAACGAUUUGCCGAAUGAUGAGCGUCCAAACACGAGCUACGGCACAGAUGAGGACUUGAAUUUCGGCCGUGGUAAAACCUCGUAUAAUGUAAAGGCCACCUUCCUCGAAUCAUUCCAUUCACGUGAACCGACUUAUUUCAUUGUUUCUUCGCGUAUGGUAAGGCCCGGUCUUAUCUACAAAGUGGCCGUAUCGAUAUUGCGUGCUCAGUACCCCGUUACGGUACAUGCGAGUAUUUCGUGCGAUGGUGUGCAAAUAAGUGGCGAUUCCAAGGAUGUGAAAGUGGGUGUGCCCGAGACCAUGUUGAUGCGCGUGCCACCCACUAGCGUGCCUGGCGAAUAUAAGCUGCGUGUGGAGGGCUUUUUCCAGGAUGUAUUUGGUGGUCUGGCGUUCUUGAAUGAAACACGCUUGGAUUUUUCACAACGCUCUAUGAGUAUAUUCAUACAAACAGAUAAACCGUUAUACAUGCAAGGCGAAACGGUGCGUUUCCGUACAAUACCGAUAACAACAGAAUUGAAGGGCUUUGAUAGCGCUGUUGAUGUUUACAUGAUGGAUCCCAACAGACAUAUUGUGCGUCGUUGGAUAUCGCGGCAAUCAAAUUUGGGCUCCGUUUCUUUGGAAUACAAACUUUCCGAUCAGCCGACUUUUGGUGAAUGGACUGUACGUGUUAUUGCGCAGGGUCAGGUGGAGGAGGGACAUUUCACUGUUGAAGAAUACUAUCAGACGCGCUUCGAAGUUAACGUUACAAUGCCAGCAUUCUUCUUCACCACCGAUCCCUUCAUACACGGACGUGUUAUGGCCAAUUUUACCAGUGGUCAUCCAGUGCGUGGCAAUCUUACAUUGAAAGCUACUAUACGCCCCAUAGGCUACUUCAGUAAUCAGGUGUUGAAUGAAAAGUUCCGUUUGGGUCGUUCACCCACCGAAGAGGCUGCACGUCACAUACAACACCAACAACAAUUGUACUAUAAUCAAUACAGUCCCGUGCCGACACCGGAUGAUGUCAAUCGUAAUCAGGAUAUGCUCUAUCGCAAUCAAUAUGUGGUCGAACGUCAUUACGAAUUCGAGGAGGAAUGGCCCUUCUGGGUGCGCAAACCCGAUGUGGCGGACACAUAUGAUUCCUGGACUAAUAGUUAUAGGAAAACACUACCGUUUUUGCGUUAUUUCAAUGGCACAUUCGAUUUCAAAUGGCCUAUACGGGAAUUGGAGGUUUUGGUGCCCAAUCUAGCGGGUAUGGAAGUAUUGAUCACAGCCACAGUGGGCGAGAAAUUCUACGAUGAGGUGAUAUCGGGUUAUGCCAUUGCACGCAUUUAUAAUUCCACCAUACGCGUAGCCUUUUUGGGCGAGUCGCCACAAGUUUUCAAACCUGCUAUGCCCUUCACCGCCUAUUUGGCUGUGGAAUACCAUGAUGGUUCACCAAUUGAUGAGAAUCUGCUGCGAGCUUCCGUGAUGGAUGUCACCGGUUUCGUUGAAAGCAAAAGCGGUGGACGCCGCGAAUGGCCACCAACUCGUCUACAAAUGUCUGCCGCCAGUCCGGGUAUUUGGGCGGUGAAAGUGGAUAUACGUAACGAUUUACAAUUGGAUGAUCGCCCGCAGUCACGUGAUUUCCUAAAUGGUGUGGAACGUAUGCGUUUGCAGGCGAGCUUUAUCGAUCCACGCGGAGAGCGCGCUCAAACCGAACUGCUAAUGGUCUCCCAUUAUUCACCACGCAAUCAACAUAUCAAAGUGUCCACGAGUACCGACACACCUGUCGUGGGAGAGUAUAUAAUCUUUCACAUACGCACUAAUUUCUAUCUGGAAGACUUUAACUAUCUGAUUAUGUCGAAGGGUGUGAUACUAAUCAAUGAUCGUGAGACCAUAACCGAGGGUAUACGCACCAUAGCGGUUGUGUUGAGCGCGGAGAUGGCGCCAAUGGCUACAAUUGUCGUUUGGAAGAUUACACUGGCCGGCCAAAUAGUUGCGGACUCGCUCACAUUCCCAGUGAAUGGCAUAUCGCGCAAUAAUUUCACGGUGUACAUCAACAAUCGUAAGGCACGCACGGGUGAGAAGGUGGAGGUGGCCAUAUUCGGCGAACCCGGUUCGUAUGUUGGGCUCUCGGGUAUCGACAGCGCUUUCUACACCAUGCAAGCGGGCAAUGAGUUAACCUAUGCCAAGAUUGUAACGAAAAUGUCCUCAUUCGAUGAGCAAACAAACGGCACAUACAAACAUGUCUGGCAUACGCAUGCGGGCACACCCGACGAGCUUGUUUACUUCCCCGCUUCCUCGUUCGGCAUUGAUGCGAAUCGUACUUUUGAGUACAGCGGCCUCAUCGUAUUCACUGAUGGCUAUGUACCGCGACGCUUCGACACCUGCAAUCGCACACUCGGCUACGGCGAAUGCCUUUCCGGACGUUGCUAUCCGCUGAAUAAGCAAUGUGACGGUUUGAUGGACUGUGAUGAUGGCACCGACGAGAUCGGCUGUCGUGUACGCAAUGACACGGAGCUACUGGAUUAUCGCAAAUAUCGUUUUAAUCGCAUUUUGCGUCACUACGAAAAUGUUUGGUUAUGGAAGGAUGUGAAUAUUGGACCACAUGGGCGCUACAUCUUUAAUGUUGAGGUGCCGGAUCGGCCGGCCUACUGGAUGGUGAGCGCCUUCAGUGUUAGUCCCUCCAAAGGUUUCGGCAUGUUGAAUAAGGCUAUCGAGUAUGUGGGCGUGCAGCCGUUCUUCAUCAAUGUCGAGAUGCCCACCCACUGCAGGCAGGGCGAACAAGUUGGCAUACGUGUGACAGUCUUCAAUUACAUGACCACACCCAUUGAGGCGACUGUGGUGCUGCAUGAAAGCAAAGAUUACAAGUUUGUGCAUGUCGAAGAGAACGGUAUAGUGCGUUCCUACAAUCCACGUACCUCAUUUGGCGAACACCAAUUCUUUAUUUACUUGGACGCUCAAGGCACCACAAUAGUCUAUGUGCCGGUUGUGCCACAGAAAUUGGGUGACGUUGAUGUGACUUUGCAUGUUGCCACGCUCUUAGGUACAGACACCAUCACACGUCGUCUGCAUGUCGAAUCGGACGGUUUGCCGCAAUACCGCCAUCAAUCCAUACUACUCGAUCUGUCGAAUCGCGCCUACGUGCUGGAGUAUAUGCAUGUGAACAUCACACAAACACCAGAAAUUCCCUACCAAGUGGACCGUUACUUUGUUUACGGCUCGAAUCGUGCACGCAUCUCCGUUGUGGGCGAUGUGGUGGGUCCCAUUUUCCCCACAAUGCCUGUGAAUGCCACAUCGCUGCUUUACCUGCCCAUGGAGUCGGCGGAACAGAACGCCUUUUCGUUUGCGGCCAAUCUCUACACUAUCAUGUACAUGCGUUUGAUCAAUCAACGUAACAAAACGACGGAGAAGCACGCCUUCUCGCACAUGAACAUUGCCUACCAGCGUCAGUUGAGCUUCAUGCGUCAAGAUGGCUCAUUCUCACUGUUCCGUUCGGAUUGGAACAACUCGGCGUCUUCGGUGUGGUUGACCGCCUACUGCGUGCGUGUCGUCCAGGAAGCUUCGUUCUACGAAUGGGAAAACUUUAUUUGGAUUGAUUCGACGAUUAUUGAGAAAAACAUGCGUUGGCUGUUGCAACAUCAGACACCGGAGGGCGCUUUCUACGAAGUCACCUGGUUGCCCGAUCGCAAAAUGAAUCGCACGAACUUCGCCAACAAUACGAGUCUACAAAACCGCAACAUCACACUCACAUCGCAUGUGCUCAUCACACUGGCCUCGGUUAAAGAUCUUUCCGGUUCAUUGGGUGCGCGCGUUGCGCUGGCACAACAACGCGCCAUAUCGUGGAUAGAGCGGAACAUGCAAUUCUUGGAAGACACCGAGGAGCCGUAUGACGUCGUCAUCACUGCUUAUGCGCUGUUACUCUGCAAGUCGCCCAUGGCCGAGCACGUCUUCUCUAUAUUACGUCGGCAUGCGCGCGUGAUCGGCGACUUUAUGUAUUGGGGCAGCAAAGAGGUGCCGCAACCGCCAAAGAAAUUGGAAAAUCAAAAAUGGUUCUCACUGCCGCGUCUGCCAUACGAAUUUGAUGCGCUGAAUAUCGAAACGACCGCCUACGCGUUGUUGGUGUACGUCUCGCGUCGUGAAUUCAUAGUAGAUCCGAUAGUGCGCUGGUUGAAUGCGCAGCGGCUCAACGAUGGCGGUUGGGCGUCCACACAAGACACCAGUGCGGCGUUGCGUGCGCUGGUCGAGUACACGGUGCAUUCGCGUAUACGAGAGGUGUCAUCGCUGACGGUCGAGGUGGAGGCGUCGUCGCAAGGCGGCAAAAUACAAGCGCUACACAUUGACGACACCAAUUUGGCGCAGUUGCAGUCCAUCGAGAUACCAGAAUCUUGGGGUACCGUUAAAGUACAAGCCAAGGGCGCCGGUUAUGCGAUAUUACAGAUGCAUGUGCAGUACAAUGUGGAUAUUGAGAAGUUCCAGACGAAACCGCCAGUACCGGCCUUCGGUCUGCACACCAGAGCCAUCUUCCACGGCAGAAAUCAGUCGCACAUAUCAUACAUAGCCUGUCAAAACUGGGUCAACACCCGCGAGUCGGAACGCUCUGGCAUGGCUGUGCUGGAUGUCGCCAUACCCACCGGUUAUUGGAUACAGCAGCAGCGUCUUGAUCACUACGUGCUAAGCAAUCGCGUGCGUAAUUUGCGUCGCGCCAAAUAUUCGCAUCAGAAAGUCAUCUUCUACUUUGACUACCUCGACCAGGAAGACAUUUGCGUUAACUUCACCAUCGAACGUUGGUACCCGGUGGCGAAUAUGUCACGCUAUUUGCCCAUACGCGUCUACGAUUAUUAUGCGCCUGAGCGCUUCAACGAGUCCAUAUUCGACGCAUUGCCCACAUAUCUGCUGAACAUCUGCGAGGUGUGCGGCAGUUCGCAGUGUCCAUACUGUUCGAUUUACAAUAUGGGCUGGCGCGCCACAAUGUCCGUGUCGCUGCUGUUCUUUAGUGUAUUUAUUUAUCUAAUGCGCAGUCGAAUGCAUAUCGUUUUAAACUGUCUAUAUUUACUCACCUAGUGCGCAUACGCCAUAUUCUAAAAAACAAAAAAAAAAAAACAACAAAAACACUACUGUGCCUUUUCUACAAACUUUUACAUAAUUUUACAAACAUUAUCGAAAUCGAAAAA